AUGUUCGUGGUCAAGAGAGACGGGAGGAAGGAGGACGUCAAGUUCGACAAGAUCACCUCGCGCAUCAACAAGCUCUGCUAUGGCCUCGACAGCCGCUUCGUGGACUCCAUCAAGAUCUCGCAGAAGGUGAUCCAAGGCGUCUACCCCGGCGUGACGACGAUCGAGCUC